AUGGAAGUGACUGAUUCUUAUGAAGGAACAGAGUUAAUAAAAAGCAAGUUGACAGACAGAAAAAUUCUACUUGUCCUUGAUGAUGUGAGUCAUAUUGAGCAACUUGAAAAUUUCGCUCCAAGGCAAGGAUGGCUCAGCAAAGGGAGCAUAAUAGUGAUAACAACAAGGGAUAAGCAUUUGCUAUCAUCAUAUAGUGUAUCUGACAGUGCGAUAUAUGGCAUUGAAUUCUUGACUGAUAAUGAGUCCCUUGAACUUCUCAUUCAAAAUGCCUUUAAAGAAGGGCAACCUAAUGAAGAUUACUUGAACCUUGCUAAAAACGUCAUUGAAUAUGCUGGAGGCCUUCCUUUAGCAGUCAAAGUGUUAGGUUCAUUUCUUUGCAAAAGGACGAUAGGGGAAUGGGAAGAUGCACUAGCUAAGUUCGAGAAAUAUCCUCUAGAGGACAUUUCAAAGAUAAUUGAAGUGAGUCUUCAUGGAUUAGACCAUAAUGAGAAGACUAUAUUCUUGGAUAUUGCUUGCUUUUUCAAUGGGAUGGACGAAGAUCAUAUCAUACACAUUUUAGAAACAUUGGAUAAGGAUCUUCACCCAAAAAUUGGAAUAAGGGUUCUUAUGGACAAAUCACUAGUAAUUAAUCAUGAAGGGCGUUUGUGGGUGCAUGAAAUUCUGCAAAAUAUGGCUAAACAUGUUGUCUAUCAAGAAUCAUCUGGUGAUGCCAGCAAGCUUUCUAGGAUAUUGUCCUUGGAUGAUGCCAAUCAUGUAUUAGGAGGAAAUAAGGUGACAUUCCAAAGUUCUUGUGUUUGUGCACUCUUAUAA